AUUUGGUUUAUCAUUUUAUUUCGAUAAAGUGCCGUCUUUUUAAGCGAAUUUUUUUAAAUCGAUGGCCGAGGAAACUACCUCUACUGACUUAUUAAUGGAAAUGGGAUUUCCUUUGCAAAAAAUUUUUCAGGCUAUUUUGACCACAGGCAGUCAAGAUAUUGGCCAACUCAUCACAUGGAUGGAAGAAAACGAAGUUUUUGAAAAUGCUAAUGAUUCCCUACAAACUACCCUGCCAUCAAAAUCAACUGAUCAAAAAAGUGUUGAUUCAUUUGAUCCAUCAAAAUCUGCUGGUCAACAAACUCUUGAUUCAUUAAUCAGUCAAAAGGUUGAGGAUGAUAAGUUAGAAAAUAAUAAAAAGUCUAACACAUUUAAAUGCAAAAUAUGUCAAAAAUUAUUUAAAAAUGAUGAAAUAGCAGCCAUUCAUGCUUCUAAAACUGGUCAUGCUGAUUUUGAAGAGAGUAAUGAAGAAUUAAAACCAUUAACAGAGGAAGAAAAAAAACUUAAAGUUGAAGAAUUACAAAAAACUUUAGAGAAACGCAGAUUAGAAAAAGAGAAAGAAGAAGAAGAAGAAUCCAGAAAAAGAGAACAACAAAGGAGGAAGCAAGGCAAAGAAUUUUUAACUAUCAAAGAAAAGAUAAGGGAACAAGAAUUGCUCAAAAUGGCGGAUGAAAGGAAAAGGGAAAAAAUGGAAGAUCAAAUGGCCAAACAACGCAUCAAAGAUUUGAUAGAGAGGGAUAAAAUGGACCGAAUGAAAAAGUUUAAUUAUAUCGAGUCUGAUCAAGUCAAUCCUAUUGAUUCUCUCAACAAUUGUCCUUCCACCAAUAGUUACAAUCAUGAAUCUGUCAAAGAAAAUCAACAAAUUACCGAAAAUGACGAUAUAGUAUUCAGAGGCAACGGUUUGGAUAAGAAGGAGUACGACAAAUGUGAUUUACAGAUCCGAAUGAUAGACGGGAAAAUUUUGAAACACAGUUUUGGUGCUAAGGAGGAAUUAGCGGCGGUGAGACUUUUUGUUUUAAUGAAUUCGACUCAUAAUUUUGAUGACACGGCUCAAUCUCCUCUUCCCGUUAGCCUUAUGACCCCCUUUCCAAAGAGGGUAUUUUCAGAAGGGGACAUGUCGAAACCAUUAUCUGAACUGGAAAGCUUGCUCACGCUCUCACAUAGAAUAAGCGGGCGGGCUAAAAACAUGACCAUUGCAGACCUUUAAUAGAGAUUUCAUUAAGCUUGGUUCCGAAAGCAGUUUUGACUGUCACAAGACAAAAAGCUUGAAUUCUCAAAGAUUUUUCAAAUUAUAUUGAUAAUUUUUAAAUAUUUUGUGGGAAACAUGUCUAUUUUUGAAAUAUAUAUUUUAUUUAUAUAGUUUAUACAUUUUGAUAUAUUAUUAUAUUGAUACUGAAACUAAAAAUAUAUUUCAAUGUUUUCCAUUCAAUAAAA